AUGAAGAUACUUAAUUUGUAUGCAAUGUUACUUUGCUGGAAGACCAUUUGUUGUAAUCACUGCGAGCUUUCCAAUGUCACAAUUGUAGUGGAGAAGGAAGAGUGUGGCUUCUGCAUCAGUGUGAAUGCAACUUGGUGCUCUGGUUACUGUUUCACAAAGGAUCCCGUUGACAAGCACCUACUCAUCAAAAAUGUCCAGAAAGUCUGCACAUUCAAGGCAAUCGUGUAUGAGACUGUAAAGAUUCCAGGUUGUGCUGGCCAAGCAGAAUCACUUUAUUCCUAUCCAAUGGCCACAGGAUGCCACUGCGAGACUUGUGACACAGACAUCACUGACUGUACUACUAGAGGCUUGGAGCCAAGUUACUGUUCCUAUGGUCAGAAUCAAAUCAGGGAGUAA